CGGGCUGGAUCCAGCCGCCGCCGCCCUCGGGGAUGGCCGUCGCCGCGCUCGGGGAGGGCCGCCGCCGCGCUCGGGGAUGGCCUCCGCCGCCGCGCUCGGGGUCGCGGGGAGCACGGGGCUGGCUUUCUAUGGCUGGACUGCGAUGGCCUUUGGGUCUCUGUCGCUAGAUAUGUUCAGGAUGGAAGGCGACGAGAGUUUCCUGGGCAUGUUGAACUUUGGUGUCUCAACACAAGUGCCGGAUAGUCCAGUUGGAGAGCAAGAGUCGCCCAUGCUGCCAACUCAAAAAACAUCUACAACUGUGAAAGGAAAAUCCACCAAGGGGAAGAAUUGGUCUAUUGAAGAGGAUGAUCUGUUGGUGGCAGCAUGGGUGCACACUAAUUUGGAUGCUUUGAUAGAAACAGAUCAAACAUCAAAUUCUUAUUGGGGUAGGAUUUAUGAUUACUACAGCACGCGCAAGAAAGUGUCAUGGCCGGUGCGUGUUCAAAAUGCACUCAACUGUCGUUGGACCACUAUUAAUGAACAAGUGAGCAAGUUUUGUGGAUACUAUCAGCAAAUACUUAAUAGAAACCAAAGCGGAGUGACUAUUGCUCAGCAGCAAGCCCAGGCACUUGUUCUGUACCAGUCCAAAGAUCCUAAAAAGAGGCCAUUUACAUUAAUGCAUUGUUGGUUAGUGUUGGAAAAGCAUCCUAAGUGGGAGAAUCGUGUGAUUUCCAAGGGGCCUCAGAAAAAGCAGAAGAAGACCUCGGAUGCAAGUCCAGGUACGACUUCUAAUGACGAAGACUUCGAGAGAUGCACUGAUGCUCUUGAAACAGAGACAAGACCUGAUGGUAAUAAGCGGGAGAAAACCCAUUUACAAAAAGCUAAAGCUUCUGCUUCUGAUGCUUUUAGUCCCAAGUUAUCAUUAGAAAAUGUGUGGGCACAAAAGUUAAAGAAGGCUGAGGUCAAAGUUACCAAGACAGGGAGAUGUCAUACAAGCAAUUUGAGUUAGAAGAGAAGAUCAUGUCCAUGGACACUACUGUUAUGAUUGGGGCUCAACAAGAAUACUACAUGAACAAGCAGAAUGAGAUCGCCGCUCGCCGGUUCAACACAUCGGGUUGAACCAUUUGUCAGCUAGGUAAAAAGGUACCUGUCUCUCCGUGUUAUCUGAAGAUAAUAAAUUCAUCGACAAGACAAAUAUUCUUCAGAUAACUCCACACGGGAGCCAGAGCAAGAGCUUGUAGCUUUGUUAAUGUUUCUCCAGAGACAAUCAUGCAUGCUGGGACAAAGCUAAGGUCAACGUUUUGAUCUACGCCAGAAGCAAACUUCAGUUUUCAAUGCUCCUCAGAGCCUGAUUUCUUAAUGGAAGAUUCCGUGGACAUGAACAGGAUGCUGGUUUCUAGGAGCUUAUGCACGCCGUUUCUUAUUAACUGCAAGUACUGGAUGUUUUGAAGUAAAAUAAUGCAUGUGCACAUGCUGAGGCGAAGUGGUUGUGGUUUGUGACUGAUCAAGUUAGUUGAUUGUAGGUUCAGAAUAAUAUUAGUACAAUCAUACUAGUCCCCAUUUUGUAUUUGUUGAGUUCUGGAUGGUGGGGCCACAUGGUCGUAACUCACACUGUGCUGUGAUAUAAUAUGUAAAAAUAUUUUGCGCCCGGGAUUUGUUGCACUUACAGAACAGCUGUUGGCCUGCUGCUUCCAUAAAUUAAUUACAGUUCA